CUCAAAGUCCAAGGGCUGUCCCGUCCAAAAACUUGUGUCUGACCACUCUGUUAUUGGGGAGAAAGUCAAAAACAACUCAAACCGCUACUUCUUCACAUGAGUCAUGCAACUACUGCUCGGCAUCCAUUGAGGGCCGUGAUGAUAACCAUCUCAAACAUUUAAUUAAUCAAAAAACAUGUCCCAAUGCCCCUGAUCGUACUCGCGCAGAAGUUCAUGGCUACCUUGCUACAAAAAAAUGGACUCGACAUUGCUCUCGCUGACGAGCUACAAAGAUCAUUUGCAUGGAUCCCUCCCCUCGCAACAGACUCUGAUGACCAGGAUUAUCUUGCGGGUCCGGAAUCAAUUACAGAUGAGGAGUUGGUGGAUGGAUUUGAAAGAUUCGAGCGCGAGACGCGGGAGGCUGGCCAAGCGCGAGAAAAUGAUGAGGCAAGCGGUAGUUUGUUUGCAGGUGAUGUGCCGGAUGUUCUGGAUGGCGGCCUCGUUGACUGGAGUGAGCUAGAAAGGGUUAACAAAGGUAUCACACCAACUGGCUUCGUUAAAGAGACUGAGGUACUCAAUCGAAGCUCAAAUGAUGUAUCAGGGUGGAAUGUUGAUGCACUUUUGACGUCAGAAGGCAUAGCCUCAAUGUGCCAAAAAUAUCAUGGACAUCAUCUUGCUGAAGAUCUUCUUGUCCGUUCUGAUGAAAUUAUUGAAGCUUUGAAUAAGCAUCCUUCUCGUCAAGACAACAAGUCACAACCCACUGCAAACCAUGAUGCUCUGAGACAGCAAUACAUCACAGAGAUUAAAUUGAUCUCAUCUGAAGAAGUGGGCUGGCAUUUUGGACCCUCGCAUGCAACUACACACCAGCUGGAGGAGUUUAGCAUCGAGGAAAUGGGAACUGAAAUGCAGUCUCGUGCACCUGCACUAUGGGAUUUGUUUGGGCUUUUGCUAGGGGCCGAUAGUUCAUCUUCAUUCGAAGACAUGAAAGAUGCCGAUGGAGAUAUUAUGAUGGGCAGCUUGCAAUGGACUAGCUCUGAGGUAUAUGAUGAAGAGGAUGACUAUUGGGGUGAUGUAGACGACUUAGAUCUUGAUGCACAUACUAUGACAAAACAAACCAUGCGGCAAUCUGCAGUCAUCAUGAUAAAAUGUGUCAUCAUACUUGGUAUUUUGAUGCAAAGCAUGAAUCAUAGAUCAAAUGCCUUGCAAAGUAUACUCGGCAUAUUCUUACAGUCGACACACACACCCCAGAAGGUGAUCGAUACACUUGCACGCAUCGGAAUCUCAAUAUCUACAGACUCAAUCAAUGCCGCAAUCCAAUCAUUGUCAACAGAGUCACAGAAUACUCUCCAAACCCUAGGAAAAUCACUCCUUGCCUCGUAUGCAUACGACAACUUCGAUGUUGAUCUGAAAUCUCAAGUUCCUCUUGCUGAGAAGUCAAAUGACUCGUUAAAGCAUCUCACCUCCGGUUUGCUGUUCCCAUUGCAGCAUGGUGUUACUGCAGAUGACUUAAAAUGUUCCGAAGAGCUAUGGAGACAAUCAGCGUUAAAUUCCCAUGUGCAGCUCUCAACGCUACCUCCGAAAAGAUCAUGGAAAGAUCUUUUAUGCAUCCACCCAGAAUCCAAGGACAAUUCCACACCGCAUCUCUCUUGGCGCGAUCAAUUCAACACGCGGAUGUUCCUGUUGGAUUUAUGUGAACAUGGGCCUGAGUAUUUUCAUCAAUUUCAAUCCGAGAUUCCUGAGCUGGACGCUGUAGAGGAGAUACCAUUAGUCAAAACGUCAAUCACAGCUGCACGUGCGAUGGACAUCAACAAUUCAACUGUCAGCAGGAAUAUUCGUGCAGUCGUGGAACUACUUGCCCAAGGUGGUGUACACAAUCCCACCGACACCAACAUUCCUGACAAUCCCAACAUCUCGCAAUAUAUCAUCUUGAUUCACGGUGACCUGGGCACAGGGGAACGAUUGCAGGCCGCACAGCUUCGACAGUCAGUGGAGGCAACCCCAUGGAACCGCUUCCAGCAUGUUGUCUUCAUUCCGGGAUUGUUCCACUUGAAGAUGGCAUGUGCUGAUGCUAUUUGGAGAGCCUUCCUGCAGCCAUUAGCAGCCAGAGAGGAUGAAACAAGUCUAAUGCGCGACGUAACACAAUUGCGACCCAAGGAGACAGGAAUAUAUUGCUCGAAGCCUGGUUUUAGGUGGAUGCACCAACUCAUUGGCCAUGCUGGCAUAUGUUGGCGUCUUGAUUGGUGGUGUGUUCAUGUGGUGGGUAUGGACCCAAGUUAUACAAGCCUUGAUGCUUUUGCAGCGUCCAAACCGGACCUUGAGAAGUUGAAGAGUACUGCUAAUGAGAUCGCACUCAAUUGGGUGGCAAAUCACAAGCUGCUGCGGACGUGCCAUAAGACUCGAGAACAGCGUGAUAUGCAGUAUGAAAAUGCACUCCUACUCAACAAAUACUUCCUCCUCUAUGAGGAGCUAUCUUACUCGAUGAAUCAUGGGGACAUUGGGCGAGUCGAGACGUCCAUAGUUGCAUGGAUCCCAAUCCUUAAGGCAACAGGAAAACAUAAGUAUGCCACUCAUAUGACGAAUUUUCUAAUCAAUACACACUUUGUUUUCCCUGCUGGCCUGAAACACGCUGUGCGUUACCACAUACUCGUCAACCCAACUGGAAAGCCAAUGAAAUGGCGCAGUGGAUUGGUGAAGAAUGGCGGGACGGGAUCAAACCGUACCGUAGAGCGAAUUUUCAUUGAAUUGCCUCUUGUCCAGGCCUAUCGAAACACUCAAGCCAUUGUGCAGAAAAAUUUCCUGCACGCCCACCUUACCACAGAUCAUGCCGCCCCGAACAUGAUAAAGUCAUUUCAAGGGCUAUCUAACAAGAUGGUAGCGCAAUCCCCCCAUACCGUGGUGCUAGGUAGAAAAAUGUGUUGUGAGAUUCCUGAUCUUGUCGACAAAGGGAGAGAGAUGAUGAUGGAAAAAGCAGCUUGGGGAGAGGGUAACGAUGAAUCUAAUGCAGAGAUGGAAGUUCGAGGAGAAGGGGCAGAAAUGGAGGACAUAUUGAUAGAACUAAUGCCACAUGCGCUACACCAGUUCUUUCGUCGUUCGACAGCAGCAACCACCACAUUAGAAGACGACUGGGUGGGGGGCACAUUGGGCAAGGAAGCGGUAGAUAUAGAUCUCAGUGGUGUGAUCACAAAUGUCAAGGAUCCGAUCCAAGAUGGCAUUUGGCAAGAUGAGGGAAGGGCCAAGAGCAAAGUCGUGCGCUGUCUUCUGGUACCUGGGAAUGCAGGAACACUGUGGCAUGGUUGCCGGCUUUUCAAUGUGGGAAGCAUACUGAGAAAAAUGUUCGGGGUGGUGGAUAUCACAGCAAAUGGUUGGUUGAGUAAUGGAGCACCAUUUGCAACCCAAGGGCUCUUGUUUGUUGCAGUCGAGAUGAUCAGAAUCUGGCACAACAGCAUCAUUAUCAAAGCUAACAUCAAACACCUUCCUGCAGCACAUUAA